UCGAACCCCACUCCCCACAACACUGUUCUGAACAAAGAAGACACAGAAGGAAGCAGCAUUGUUCUUCGAAAGGCCAAAUAGACAUAUAACACUCCAACACUAAUAUAUGUGUAUAUAUAUAUGCUAUAGUAUAAACACACACAGUGUCUGUCUCUCUCUCUUAGUCUCAUUCAUUCUUAUACAUACAUAUAAUACACACCAUCACAAGCAUACACUUGGACAUGGGACCAUAGUCCUCAGCUUAAAUUUUGAGCUUUUUCGUGCACGACAGGAUCCGACUCUGCCGCUUCUCCCUCUCUAAUUUCUUGUUUUCUCCCUCUCUCUCUCUCUCUCUCUCCUUAUUUGCAAUUCAUCACAUCCUCUCUUUAUUUCUCUCUCAAGUCCCAUUCAUGGAAAUGGAAGAUCACCAUCUUCAUCAGCAUCAGCAUCAACAUCACUUUAGCAUGAACGAUCUAAGGCAAGUGGUGAAUAAUGGGCCGAGGCCGGCCCAUACCACCUUCUCCUCCAUGCCGCCGCAUCCAACGGCGGAGCUUUUCCCCGGCAACCACCACCACCAUCACCACCACCACCACCACCGGAAUCUCACUCCUUUACCCACUCAUCAUCCCCAACAACAUCAGCACUUCGAGGUUAUGAUGUUUGGUUGCGACAUAAUGCCACCUGGCCUUCACGACUUUGCUAAUUCCAUACCCCAUGAUUCUGCUACUGCUGCUGUCACCACCAUCACCCUACCCUCUCCACCUGUUACUAGCGGCUUUGAUGUUGCUGAGGGUGCAGCUUGCAUCGGUGGAGACCCCUCCACCGGAAGAUGGCCAAGGCAAGAGACUCUCACUCUCCUUGAGAUCAGAUCUCGCUUGGACCCUAAAUUCAAAGAGGCUAAUCACAAAGGACCCUUGUGGGAUGAAGUCUCUAGGAUCAUGUGUGAAGAACAUGGAUAUAAAAGGAGUGGGAAAAAGUGCAGAGAGAAGUUUGAGAAUUUAUACAAAUAUUACAAGAAGACAAAAGAGGGUAAGGCAGGAAGGCAUGAUGGGAAGCAUUACAGAUUCUUUCGUCAACUUGAAGCCUUGUAUGGAGAAAACAGUAACACAGUUUCACUCCCAGAAACUAAUGUUGCUGUUGGCAGCAUUCAUUUUCAAGGGAGCCCCUCCCAAACAAAUCAAGAUAAUAAUAAGUUUCGGUCUCACAACAACAACAACACCAAGCAUUGUGAUAGCCUCAGCCUCACUAAUUCCUCUAACUUUGGCACAUCAACAUCUGAAGAUGAUGAUGGUGAUGGUGGCAGUGAUCACGGCAUGGAGAAUGAGUCCAUGGAGAAGAGGAGAAAGAGGAAGAGUGGGAGGAGUUGGAAGGUGAAGAUAAAAGACUUCAUUGACUCACAGAUGAGGAAGCUGGUGGAGAAGCAAAAGGAGUGGUUGGAUAAGCUUGUGAAGACACUUGAAGAGAAAGAGAAGGAGAGAAUGCUAAGAGAGGAAGAGUGGAGGAAACAAGAGGCAAACAGGUUAGAGAGGGAGCAUAAGUUUUGGGCAAAAGAGAGAGCAUGGAUUGAAGCUAGAGAUGCUGCUUUGAUGGAGGCUUUGCAUAAGCUAACUGGAACAGAAAUCAUGAAGCCUGAAACAGAUCCUGAGGGUACUAUAAAUGCAAUGCCGGCAGAAGAAGUUCAAAACCACAGAGAAAACAACCAGAAUAAUGAAGAUGAGAGUGAAAUCUUGAACAACAGUAAUAUUGUUAUUAGUGGUGCUGAUAGCUGGCAAGAAUCCGAGAUCACAAGGCUUCAACAGCUGAGAGCUGAGAUGGAGAUAAGGUUUCAAUAUAGUGAGAUGUCAGAAGAGGUUUCAUGGGAUGUGGUAGCAACCAAAAUGGCUUGUUUUGGCUACGAAAGGAGUGCUUUGAUGUGCAAAGAGAAAUGGGAAAGUAUCAACAAGGAAGAGAAUAACAACAAGAAGCGCAAGGAAAAUUCUAGAAGCUGCUUUUACUUCAAGAACAAUGAGGAUCAACAACAUUCUUCUCUAUACGAUCAAGGAAAUGCCUAUUGUGAAGAUGAUGUCAAUGAUCAAGGGAAAGAGAUUCAGAGGCUUCAAACAAAUAAUGGUUCUUCUUUACCUUCAAAAUCCAAUGUUGGAAAUGUUGCUCCUUCUGAUAGUUGCUUUCCCUUCUUGAUGAGUGCUGAGGGUGGAAACUUGUGGGAGAACUAUGGCUUAAAGCUUAAUAAAGAAAAUCAAAACCACUGAGUGAAAUGUGGUUAGUGACUAAAGCACAGAAAUUUGACAGUUAGUAUCUGAGACGGUCUCAUAUCAUGUAAGAAAGAGCUAACUGAGGGUUUAUGUAUGUAUAGAGAUUGAUGAUGAUUAGGUGAUGAUGAUCAAUCUUAAUAUAUAUAUUUAUGGGGCAUUUAUGAGAAAAAUAAUGGCUUCAUCAAUUUAUAUUUUAGUGAGGGAGGCGAAGUGAUAAAGUUCACUUGCGUGUUGGAACAUGACACCAAUUUCAGGUGAGUUUCUUUUUUUCUUUUUCUUUUUAUGCAUGCAAUUGGAAUCAAAAUUGUAUUACCUGCUAUGUUGCAACUUCAAUGAUGUUUGCAUCAGUUAAUUGGUCACUGUUUUUCUCCUU